CGGAUCGGCCCCCCAGGGAAAGCAACCAUCCCCGGCUUCGCCGCCGCUCCGGGCGGUGUCGGUGACUGAGGCGGGCGGAUGGCGGCGGAGCUGGGAGCGGGGCUGCGCAUCUUCCGCGAUAUAUUAAGAAGAGCAGACAAGAAUGACGAUGGCAAACUGUCCUUUGAUGAAUUCAAAGCUUACUUUGCUGACGGAGUUCUGAGUGGAGAAGAACUGCAUGAACUUUUUCACACGAUCGAUACACACAAUACUGACAAUCUUGACACAGAAGAGCUCUGUGAAUAUUUUUCCCAGCACUUAGGAGAGUAUGAAAACGUUCUAUCUGUCUUGGAAGACUUAAACAUAACCAUACUGAAGGCAAUGGACAAAACAAAGAAAGACUAUCAGGAAGCUUCCAAUUUGGAGCAGUUUGUGACUCGCUUUCUUUUGAAGGAGACACUGAACCAGCUUCAGUCCCUCCAGAGCAGCCUGGAGUGUGCCAUGGAAACCACGGAGGAGCAGACUCGGCAGGAGAGACAAGGCCCAACAAAACCAGAAGUGCUCUCAAUUCAAUGGCCAGGAAAACGCUCAGCUCGAAGGCUUCAGAGGAACAACAGCCUGUUGCCAAAUAGCCCUCAUUUUAGCACAGGUUGGAUUGAGGAAGACAGCCAGUGGAUGACCCAGAUAAACAGACUCCAAAAGCUGAUUGACAGGCUGGAAAAGAAGGACCUAAAGCUUGAGCCAUUUGAAGAGGAAGUUUUAGAAGAAAAUGCAAAAUCUCACAUAAUGAUUGUCCAACGUCAAAUGUCUGUGAUAGAAGAAGAAAUCGCGGAGUUCCGGCUUGCUCUGAAGCAGUACGUGGAAUCUGCUUCUACUCAGGGUGGCUGCUUGCAUGUUUCAAUACAGAAGCUUCCAAGUGAUUCCCGCUUCAUAGUCUAUGAGUUCUGGGAGAACUCCAAUGCCUGGAAUAGCCACCUUCAAAUGAAUUACAGCAAGACAUUCCAAAGAAGUAAUGUGGACUUCUUGGAAACUCCUGAGCUCAUCACAACAAUGCUAGUCCCUGCAUCGUGGUGGGUCCUCAAUAACAACUAGAAGCUGUGGUUCCAAGUAAUGUUAAUGUUGCAUUGUUUUUCAUUACAAUAACAUAGUGGAAGUGUUUAAGGCCAGGCUGGAUGGGGCUUUGGGCAACCUGGUCUAGUGGAGGGUGUCCCUGCCCAUGGCAGGGGGGUUGGAUGUAGAUGAUCUUUGAGGUCCCUUCCAAACCAAACCAUUCUAUGAUUCUAUGAUUCUAUGAACAUUCACAUAGCAGUGUACAGGUGCGUUGGGUUAUGAAUUUAUGAUGUGAUACCAUUUGUUAUUAUGGAUGUGAUCUUUUCCAUUUUAAAAUAUGGAAAAGUGCACAUUACCUUCCCCUCUUGCGACUAGUUCAGUGAAAUGAUGCAUUCUAAAAGCUGAAAUAAGACAACUACGCUAAACUGUUUAUUGUGUAUAUUCAGUCCAAACUGUAACAGAAAAGUGCAUCUUGAUUGGUAUGACUAAAUAUUUGUGAAGUUUUAGUCUUGUGUUAAUAAACAAUUGUUACUUAA